UGAAGAUGGGUAACCUCCGAAACCACUUAAUAGGUCAAACCCUGAGUCUGCUUCAUCGAGUUCUCAACUCCACCUUUUCCCGAGUUAAUUUCCAACUGAAAACGGAGAGAACACGUUGAGAACGGUCUCCUGUUUGAAAAUAUGCAUUUGGGUGUUCCUCUCCGAUUCUUCCCAGCCUCUUUCCUUCUACGUAUCCUACCAGUGCACUGCCGCUGCUGCAGUAGUCUCUCUAUUCUCUCUCAUUCGUUACCUCUCGGAGAUGGGAGAACCACAAGUAACCCGUCAACAUAUUCAAUUUCACAUGGUUCGACUAAUCAAGGUGGAACCAACUUUCUCCGUCUCUUGAGCCUCUGCCGUAAAACCACAGACCUUAAGCAAUUCAAGUCUCUGCUCAUCUUGCAUGGGUUGAUGGAAGACCCGUUUCUGGUCGGAGAAUUUUUCAGAUUCUGUUUUCAUUUAAAUUCUCCAGAGCUUGCUCUCAGUUCUUUCCAAAAAAUUGAAAAACCCAGUUUAUUAUUGCAGAACCUAAUGGUUAGAUGCCUCUCCAAUCAUGGGCUAUUUGAUGAUCUAUUAAGUAUCUACACAAAAUGUCAGAAGUCAGGAUGUCGGGCUGACAACUUCACAUUUCCCUUUGUGAUCAAGGCCUGCUCAAGUCUUGGUGAUCACCGGACUGGAAAAGGAAUUCAUUGUAACGUUUUGAAAAAAGGGUUUGAGUACAACCUUGUUGUGCAGACUGCUCUCUUAGACAUGUACGCUAAAGUUGGUGAUCUCGAAACCUCACGCCUUGUACUUGAUAGAAUUCCUCAACCAGACUUGGUUGCUUGGAAUGCCUUACUUGCAGGUUAUUCUCUGAAUGGGCGUUAUCAGGAAGCCAUAAAGGUUUUCCAACAGAUUCAGAUUAUGGGCUUGAAUCCUAAUGCAAGCACUUUAGCUAGCAUCAUUCCCGUUUGUACCAGCUUGGGAGCUCUGCAUAUUGGUAAAACCUUUCAUGGGUUUGCGGUCAAAUUUGGAGUUUCUUCAGAUGAAUCUCUGGCGCCUGCUUUGAUCUCUAUGUAUGGUGGUUGUGGGGAUUUAUCUGCUGCUAGAAGGAUGUUUGAUUUGCUACCAGAGAUAAAUAUCAUCGCCAGGAAUGCAAUGAUCUCAUCGUUAACACAAAACCGAAAAUCUAGUGAAGCCUUAGAAGCUUUUAAACAAAUGCUCCAAGCAAACAUGCAUCCUAAUGCUGUCAGCUUUGUGGCUGUAAUUCCCUCCUGUGAAAAUAGUGGUAACAUUGAUUGUGGAGAAUCCCUUCAUGCUCAUGCCAUCAAAGACGGGCUAGAUUGCCAAACUUCUGUAGCUACAGCCUUUCUAUCAUUGUAUGCCAAGCUUGGAGAUCUAGAUUCUGCUGAGUUACUUUUUCAUGGAAUUCCAGAUAGAAACCUCCUUUCUUGGAAUUCUAUGGUUUCAGCAUAUGUAGAAAAUGGGUUUUGGGAGUUGGGUUUGUACACAUUCUACAAUUUUCAGCUCAUGGGAUUUACUCCGGAUGCCAUCUCCAUGGUUAGUGUUCUUUCUGCCUGUACAAGAUCAGAGGACAUUCGGCUUGGUAAAUCUGCCCAUGCGUUUAGCAUUCGAAAUAGACUUGGUUUGAAUAUUAAUGUAUCGAAUGCACUCUUGGCUUUCUACUCUGAUUGUGAUCAGCUUUCUUCUGCUCAUAAGCUAUUCCAUAAGAUGGAGACAAGAAAUGUGGUUAGUUGGAAUAUUUUGAUAUCCAGGAAUGUUCAUUUUGGUAACAUUGGAAAUGCAAUUGAGCUCCUACAGCAGAUGCAGCAAGAGGAUUUGGAGCUCGAUUUGGUGACCAUGAUAAGCAUUCUCCCUGGUUACUGCAAGUCAGAAGAUCUGGUGCAAGGGAUGGCCAUUCAUUGCUGUGCAAUCAAAGCUGGGUAUAUCGCUGAUGUUUUCCUUGUCAAUGCACUUAUUAGCAUGUAUCUCAACUGUGGAGAUAUUGGUUCUGGUCAGUUACUUUUCGAAGGCGUACCCAAAAAGAGUGUGGUCUCUUGGAAUGCUCUUAUAACGGGUUGCCGAUACCACAACUUACACAGAGAGGUUUUUUUCUGGUUUUGUCAAAUGACAACGGAGGUUCAAAAGCCAAAUUUUGUAACCUUGCUAAAUAUAUUACCUGUAUGCUGGACUGAGUUGCAAGGAAAGUCCAUCCAUGCUUAUGCUGUUCGAAUUGGAGCUAUCUCAGAACCUCCUCUUCUUACAUCUCUUAUGCUCAUGUAUGCGAGAUUUGAAAGUGUACAUUUAUGUCACUCUUUGUUUGAAAUGGUGGAUAAGAACCAUAUUUCUAUUUGGAACACUAUGAUGUCCGUGCAUGUCCACAACAAGAAUGCCAAAGCUGCUGUUGCCACUUUCAGUGAAAUGCUUCAAAAGAAAAUGGAACCUGAUCAUGUCACUGUCUUAACCUUGAUCUCUGCUUGUGUUCAUUUAAGCACCCUGGAUAUUGCACUGUGUACAAUGGGUUACAUUAUCUGCAAGGGUUUUGAGAAUGAUUUAGUCAUUAGCAAUGCCCUUAUAGACUUGCAUGCCAGAUGUGGAAACAUAUCAACUGCAAGAAAGAUAUUUGAUUCAUUGAUUGGAAGGGAUUCUGUCUCUUGGAGUGUAAUAAUUAAUGGAUAUGGGAUGCAUGGGGAUGGUGAAACUGCUCUCUCUCUUUUCUCAGAGAUGAAACGUUCUGGGGUAGGACCUGAUGAAGUCACUUUUAUUAGUAUAUUAUCAGCUUGCAGCCAUGCUGGCUUAGUAGAGCAAGGUGUGAUGCUUUUCAAUUCUAUUGUAGAUCAUGGUGUGCGACCAAGGAUGGAGCACUAUGCUUGCAUGGUGGACCUACUUGGUCGGACAGGUCAUUUGCAUGAAGCUUAUGCCCUACUUAAGAGACUUCCAUAUAAGCCUUCUGUGAGCUUGCUCGAAUCUCUAUUGGGUGCCUGCAGCAUCCAUGGCAAUAUUGACCUUGCUGAGGAAAUUGGAAGAUGGCUUUUUGAGAUGGAUCCAGGAAAUUCCAAUUUAUAUGUGAUGCUUUCUAAUAUCUAUGCGGCAGCCGGCAGGUGGGUAGAUGCCAGUAGAGUGAGGUCUGACAUGGAAGAGAGAAGGUUGAGAAAAGUGCCUGGUUUUAGUCUGCUUGAGGUUGGUGGACAUCAAAAUGAAUAGUUUUUCUGGUGGAGAGUAUGAUAAAGUGCUCCUUUUAAUGGUUUGCUCAAAACCCCCUCUAGAGCACUGGUAUGGUACUGACUAACCAGAGCUUGUGAGAGAACCCCAAAUGAUGAAUUUGUUUAGCAGUUCUGCUGAAAACAGGGAACAAUUCUGCAUGGAAAAGUUCAGAUUUUAGAGGCGUAACUGCCAUCAGAGAUAUUGAUGAAGUAGGUUAGGUCACCAAGUAUCAGCAAUACUGCCCAUCUUCUGAGUUAGAAGUUAGAACAACUACGUCAGAAUGACUUUGGCUUCUCAGUUCUUAAAUUCUUGAUUUGCAGUAAGCAGAAUUUUAAACAUGCUUUCUUCAAAACUGCAGCAAG